CAUAAUCCAUCGUGGUAGAGUCGCGCGUGGGCGGGGCAGAGGGAAGACGGCGCGCGGGCUUUGAAAGAAAAUGGCGGAGCUACAGAAUGAAGGGCUCGAGCGGUGUGAUGACAGCAACACUCCCACUAUGGUCUCAGAGGCUUCUCAUGGGAUCAAACGACCACAUGAUAGUAACCACAUCUCAGGUCCUCCUCAGAAGUCCCCUUGCACAUCUCCGGCUCCUUCAGGAAUGCAGAAUUUAGGAGAAGAGCAACAGUCAGACGAUCCAAAGACGAGCUGUGUGGAGGACGGUAUGACUGUGAAUUUACCUGCUCCAGAAUCAAAUCAUCGCUCGCGGAGGAAAUCCUGGAGGAGAUCAUCCAGAGGCAGACGGUCUCUCCCAGCCUUCCAGAGUACAUCACAGCCCCUGUGUGAAUCUAUCAGUCUGUCUUUAUCUGAUAAUGAGAGGCUUACCGUGCUAAUGAAAGCUGCUAUGCAGAAAACGGUUGAAAGGGCCAAAAACAGUCUAUACACGAUUCCUGGUGUUGAUACAGAGAUACUUCAGACUCAGAUUGAAUCCUUGCAUGAAAAGUGGGACACUGUGGCUGAAGAGAUCAGUAAUGAAACUCAGACUUCACUCCCAGGUGUUGACAGUGACCCGGUUGUUAAAGAGAUCAGUGAACGCAUUCAGAAGGACAUAAACAGGUUACAAGCUGAAAGUUUAUCCUGGGAGUCACUUUUAAACAAACACCGGACCAAAGCUGAAGAACUAGACAAAUGUGUGGAGCGUGGAGAGGAGAAAGGAGUGCCGCUGGACCAGUCCUGCCUUGCAAAGUCCUCACAGAGUCAAAUCAUUCAGAGUAAACCAGACUACAAGGCAGUGUUGAUCAGACAACAAAACCUGCUCAGAAACAUGGAGUUAGUGAUGGACUCCAAGUGUUGUAUAACGAGGGAGCUCCUGUCUUUCCAUGAAAACUCUCAGCUGCUACUAAAGGAGACUAGUGCAAGAAUGGCUUCCAGGGCCGGACUUCAAAAUCCCUCUUUAUCUUCAAUUAGAAAGCUGAUUAAAGGACCCGUGUCUAGUGUGUCGUCCUAGUGUAUAUAUUUUUCCACAAAAACUCCAACAACUAUUUUUUUCAAUGAAUUAAUUCUCUAUACAUUCUGUAACAUUUAUCAUUUUCCCUGAUGGACUUUUAUUGGUCUGUAAAAUAUCAAUGUAUUUUUUUUUCUGCAACAAAAGUUAUAAUUAAAAAUGAGCUUUUAGCAGUGUUAUAUGUGCAUACUUUUUAGCUGAUGUAUGUGAAGAAAAGUAAUGGGAGUAGUAUUGUUUUUACAUAUAAUGGAUGAUGGCCACUAGAUGGCAGUCUAGUUAUUCACCAGCUUCCUUACCUGUGUACUUGUAACUUUUGUAUAGUGUGUGUUUUGUCAAAUUUAAAGUGCUUUAUAAAUAUAAUUAAAAGUUUGCACUUCAUACAGAGUAGUUUCAUUAUUUGUUUGCAGGGGUGGG